UAGGCACCACCACGCACAGCACGCAGACAGCAGAGACAGAGAGGACUACCAUCAACCUCCAUUCGCCCAACUGACCGGAAUCAACAACAUUAUUAUACAGCUUUUAUAACAGUAUUACAGACGUCUAAAUCUCUUCAUCUGACAGACAGACGGACCAUGGCGCUGCUGACGGGAGGCGAGACUUGCGUCAAAUAUAUCUUGUUCAUCUUCAACUUCGUCUUCUGGUUGGCAGGAACAGGAGUAUUGGCUGUAGGGCUGUGGCUGCGUUUUGACUCUCGGACUGAGGGACUGUUCAGUGGAGAGGACUCUCCUUCUGUCUUCUUCACCGGUGUGUAUAUUCUGAUCGCUGCGGGGGCGUUGAUGAUGGUCGUGGGGUUCCUGGGCUGCUGUGGAGCCAUUAAGGAAUCCCCCUGCAUGCUCGGACUGUUCUUCUUCUUCCUGUUGUUGAUCUUUGGGGUGGAGGUAGCAGCAGGGAUCUGGGGGCUCUCCAAUAGAGAUACGGUGGUGGAUGACAUCACAGAGUUCUACAAGCAGACUUACAAUAACUACUUGAACACCAAGCAGGAGGCCCUGAAGGAGACAUUACGCCUCAUACACUUUGGACUGAACUGCUGCGGCCUGACAGGCACGGUGAUUGACAGCGCCAGGGAGACCUGCCCAAAGAAGGAAGGACUGGAGGCUCUGAUUACCACGAGUUGUCCAACGGCCAUUGAUGAGGUGUUCAACUCUAAACUCCAUAUCAUUGGAGGAGUGGGCAUCGGAAUUGGAGUCCUCAUGAUCUUUGGGAUGAUCUUCAGCAUGCUGCUGUGCUGUGCCAUCAGGAGGUCUCGUGACAUCAUGUAGACCCAGACUCUGCCAUUCCGUGCCUUAACUUAUCUGUGUGUCUUUCCUCAAUAGAUGUUAAAUGCUCACUAUGUUUGUACUGCCAUUAGGAUUAGGGUUAGUUGUCAGUUUUAGGCUGGCAGCCAACCAACCAGUCAGCCAGCCAGCCAGCCAACCAGCCAGCCAGCCAGCCAGUCAGUCAGCCAGCCAGUCAGCCAGUCAGCCAGCCAGUCUCUACCCUGGAUGGAAACUCAGUCUCCUGUGAAUGUGUGGAGCUGUGCUGAGGUUUCAGGCUGUGUAACAUUAAUGUAAUCACUGUAUCGUUUCAUCACUGUAGAAGCAAAACGCCUUAAAAGCUGCCAGAAUGUAAACUGUGCUUUAAAAACCUGACUACGUUUCUCCUCAUAGUGCCUAUUUGUUCAGCUACAUGGACUGGAACAACUUUUAAGGCAGAGUACAGAUUUUAUAAACAGUUUUAUUGCAACUAUUUUGAUGAACAAAGAUGUGUAAUUUCUUUGAAUUGCCAAAUAAAAUGAAUUAAUAUGGA